UAAAAUGAAAAUUGAAAAAACCUAAAUUAAAUAAAAUUAGAUUUUCUUUUUUGGGUUCCGCCUUUGCUCAAUUCUAUCUCUCUCUGCUGCUCCUUCGACCCCUCUCUCUCUUUUUCUCUCUUUCUUCCUCUCUCUCUCUCUAGAAUCUCAGAGCUUCCGUUGGCCAUUGUGAAUAAGCUCUGGUCUUCGUUGCAGUGAGCAAGGUUGAAGGAGUGUGAGGACAGGAAUAUUGGAGUGGGAAAUGGCUGGGAUUUCUAGUGAAGAUUCUGGAGUGGGAAGGUCUAUGGAGGGGAUUUCAAGUGGGCAGCGCUGCCUGUCUGGGGAAGCCUUAGCUGAAUGGCGGUCCUCUGAGCAGGUGGAAAAUGGAACCCCAUCUACUUCGCCCCCUUAUUGGGACUCUGACGACGACGACGACGGUGGGCCCAAACCGUCUGAGUUAUAUGGAAAAUAUACAUGGAAGAUAGAGAAAUUUUCACAGAUUAACAAAAGAGAACUUCGUAGUAAUGCCUUUGAGGUUGGCGGCUACAAAUGGUAUAUUCUAAUCUAUCCCCAGGGUUGUGAUGUUUGCAAUCAUCUCUCUUUGUUUCUUUGUGUAGCUAAUCAUGACAAACUUCUUCCAGGUUGGAGUCAUUUUGCACAGUUUACAAUAGCUGUGGUAAAUAAAGAUCCUAAGAAGUCGAAAUAUUCUGAUACAUUACAUCGAUUUUGGAAGAAAGAGCAUGACUGGGGGUGGAAAAAAUUUAUGGAGCUGUCAAAAGUAUUAGAUGGGUUUAUUGAUGCUGACACUCUUAUAAUAAAAGCUCAAGUUCAAGUGAUCAGGGAGAAAGCAGACCGGCCAUUCCGCUGCCUUGACUGUCAAUAUAGGAGAGAACUUGUUAGGGUAUACUUGACAAAUGUAGAGCAAAUCUGUCGUCGUUUUGUGGAGGAGAGAAGAAGCAAACUUGGAAAGUUGAUAGAGGAUAAAGCUAGAUGGACAAGCUUUCGCUCCUUCUGGUUGGGUAUUGAACAAAAUGCUAGGCGCCGUAUGUCCAGGGAGAAGAUGGAUGCAGUCCUGAAAGUAGUCGUUAAGCAUUUUUUCAUUGAGAAAGAAGUCACAUCUACAUUGGUAAUGGAUUCAUUGUAUAGUGGUUUGAAGGCUCUUGAAGGCCAAACUAAAUCCAAGAAAGGUAGGGUGAAACUAUUGGAGGCUGAAGAAAUGCCAGCACCAAUUGUUCGUGUGGAGAAAGAUGCGUUUGUAUUGGUGGAUGAUGUGCUAUUGCUACUUGAGAGGGCUGCCAUGGAACCAUUACCUCCAAAAGAUGAGAAGGGUCCUCAAAAUCGUACAAAAGAUGGAAAUUCUGGAGAGGACUUCAACAAAGAUUCUAUCGAGCGAGAUGAAAGACGUCUUACGGAAUUGGGUCGUAGGACUGUGGAAAUAUUUGUGCUUGCCCAUAUUUUCAGCAAUAAAAUUGAAGUUGCCUAUCAUGAAUCUGUUGCAUUGAAGAGGCAAGAGGAACUCAUCCGUGAGGAAGAGGCAGCAUGGCAGGCUGAAAGUGAGCAAAAGGCAAAACGAGGAGCAACUGAAAAGGAAAAGAAGUCAAAGAAAAAACAGGCAUCCCUUGCUUCUUUUCUACAGGCUAAACAGAAGAGGAAUAACCGGAAGGGGAAAGACAAAGGGAGGGAGGAAAGGCCUGAUAUACCAGUACAAGAGAAACAAGAAGAAGAAAACCCCACUGAGGAAAUGAAAGAUUACACAAGGGAUGAGGAGCAACCGGAGCUUGAAAAGCCAGAAACACUGGAUGAUGUAUCUGAUGUGUCUGAUUCAGUGGAUGGUGUUACUGAAGUACCUCAGCCUGAUUCUGAAGACAGAGAUGCUGGUCCAAUAAAUUGGGACACUGACACAUCAGAAGUCCAUCCUCCCACUGAAGCCAGCAGCAGUGGAAUUAGUGGGCUGUCAUCUGUGCAAAAUGGAGUAUCUGAGAGAAAGAGCCCAUCUGUGAUGGAUGAUAGUUCCUCAACAUGUUCCACAGACUCAGUCCCAUCAGUGGUAAUGAAUGGGCCAUAUAAGGGGAACUCCUUUUCUAAUUACAAAAACCAAAAAUCACCUAGCAGGGGGAAACAUCAGCGUGGUAAGGCAACAAGUGAUGGGAAUAAUUGGCCAAAUGAGAUGGAUAAUCAGCCUUCUGGACCUGUAGCUGAUGCAGGAUUUCUGAAUGAUGUUUCUGGAAGUAGUAAUAAGGUGCGUGAAUCUGAGUCUGAGCCUGCUGUUCAUUCAUUGCAUGAUCGGAUUAAGUGGCUGGAGCAGCAUGUUGUUAAGAAGGAGGAAGAAGUUGUUUCACUGCAGAAAAAAUUGAGUAUCAAGGAUCAGGUUGAUUUGGAAAGACCGUUGAAAGAGAAGACAUCGGCAGUAACAUCCUCACCUGGAAGCCCACCUAAAAUUGUGCCCUUGAUGGGUCAACCGAAGUCAGAGUGCCAGAGUAGUGCUGUUAUAGAUUCUGUUCCACUUAGGAAGGGAUCCUCAAUCAGUGCCCAGCAUACUGAUAGAGUGACACCUUUGACUACUACAUCCCAGAAUAACUGUGUGUCCAAACCUGAGACUCAGAAGGCUGCAACUCCAAAACCAGCUGAAAAAGCCAUGGCACAGCAAGUGCCUGUGUUGUCUAGGCCUUCCAGUGCUCCUCUGGUUCCUGGUCCCAGGCCUACUUCUGCUGUUGUGCCUAUUGUUCAAACAGCUCCUCUGCUUGCUCGUUCAGUAAGUGCAGCUGGCCGGUUGGGUCCUGACCCAUCACCAGCAACUCAUAGUUAUGUUCCCCAGUCAUAUAGAAAUGCCAUUCUGGGUAACCAUGUAGCUUCAGGUUCAACUGGUAUGACGCAUAACUCUCCAACCUCAGGAGUGAACCCAUCCCCAGUAUACUCACAGUCACCAGCCUUGGUAUCUGCCCCAAUGUUCUUACCUCAGGGCUCUGAAAUGAUGGACCCAAGCUCAGUUAAAUCAGGUUUUUCGUUUGGGAUGGUAACUCGGGAUGCGUUGCAUAAUGGACCCCAAUGGAUGGAGAGUUCUCAAAGGGAAUCGAUCAAAGGCAUGAAUUACGAUCCUUCCUCCUUGCUUCAUGAUCAAAAUUUUGACUUCUACAAACCGCCUUUACAUGGCAGGCCACAGGAACAUUUGUCCACUGAGUUCCCAGCCUGUACAUCUGGGCGUCAGACCCAAGGUGUAUCGGCCGAUGAAUUCCCUCACCUUGAUAUCAUCAAUGAUUUGCUUGAUGAUGAGCAUGGCUUUGGAACUGCUAGAGGAAGCUCAGUCUUCCACCCCUUCAGCAACGGGCCAACCCACUUAAAUCGGCAGUUUUCUUACCCCGGUGAUUUGGGCAUGUCUAGCGACACGGGGUCUGCAACCAGCUCUUGUAGGUUUGAGCGGACACGGAGUUACCAAGAUGAUGGGUUCCAGAGGGGCUACUCUUUAGGGGGACAUUUCGAAUCACUUAGGGAAUUUACACCGCAAGCUGGUCCGCCACCUUAUGUGAAUGGGCAGAUUGAUGGGUUAAUUCCUAACCAGUGGCCGAUGGCAAAUUCUGAUCUAUCUGUACUUGGCAUGAGGAACACAGAAUCUGAGGGCUACCCUUACUACAGUCCUGAAUAUUCGAACAUGGCAUGUGGGGUGAAUGGGUACACUGUAUUCCGGCCUUCAAAUGGUCAGUGAAGAGGAUGGUUAGUGAAGAGAAUGAGCAACGGAACCUACCCACAAAUUAGUGGGUUGCUGUCCGUUGUAAUAAUGUACUUGAGGAAAUUGUUGGGUCGUUACAUUUGGAGUGAGGUUGUAAUCUUUUCAGAAGAAAACAUUUUGUAAAGAGUGUUUCUUCCAUCCUUUUCAUAAGUUAGAAAUGAAGCUUUGAUUUAUCCUGGGGUUUUCAUGGUUCAUGGCUGUAGCAGGCUUUUUGACAUUUUAACUUAUUACUUUUGGCCCAUCACCGCUGUGUGGUCACUGUUCUUCUCAUGAUCUAUAUGUUAACUUCUCAAGAAAUGCAGAGAUGGAUUUUUUAUUGGAGUUCGACACAAUCUUUUUUUA